GAAAUACGCCCCGCCCUUCCUAUGACAAUAUUAGAAAAAAUGGCGACGAGUCUACUGCGGCUUCCACUGCGGCUCUCCCCGAAAAAUAUGGGGAUAAUGAGCCGUAACACCGGCUUGAAAACAACAAACAUAUCCAGGGCAACUCAAAGCAGGACCGCAGUAUCAACGCCGUCGGGGGCAAUCUUACCAAGACCGGAUAAAACACCAUUUGGUCUCAUCCGCAUGACAGCAGUGGUGGUGCCUUUCCUGUAUGUCGGAACUCUGAUCAGCAAGAACUUUGCUGCUCUCUUGGAGGAGCAUGACAUCUUUGUCCCUGAGGACGACGAUGAUGAUGACUGAGCUAAGUUCAGCAAAUAAAUGGGUGCAUACCAGCCAGCACAAGGAAGAUUAGGAAGAUGGGAUCUCCAAGUAUCUCGUUUACCUCCACCCAUCUUCUUCUUCUCUCCUGUUUAUGUUUUUUUUUUUUUUUUUUACUAAAUUCAUUUUUUUGAAAUGUCAUAUCAUGUGAGGCUAUCAGAACUGCUAGUUAUGCCUUCACUCUUGUUUGCAUGUUUGUGUCUAUCACUCAAUAAACAGAGUCAAUUACACAUGGA